CAAACAGAGAAGGUGCCACUGUCUAAGAAACAUCGUAAUGAAGAUGAUGAUGACAAUGACAGCCAUCCUCUUCAUGACAAUGAGUCCAUUUUUGGGAUGGAAGAAUUACGACUCUUACUUCAUGAUCAAUCACGCGAACGUCCGUGUGUAUCACUCCAUGAAGCUCAUCCUCAAAAACGAUCACAUGUCACUCGCAUCCGAUUGAUGCAAAAUCGUUUGGUCCCAGUGCCUAUUGGUGCUGGAAUUCCUCGUCGAGACAGAGCCGCUGUCUAUCCGCGGAAGAGAAGGCCAAUCUUGGGUAUCUGCGUUCACAAUGUUUUUGAGUGCGUCCGAUAUUAGUUUGAAGAGUGUGAUGGAUAACAUGCAAAUUUUGCAUGAGUGCCGGGAUAGCCGAGACGAUCACUUUGCAGAAAGAUUGCGAUCUUUGCGGACAAAGUCCAAUGUGGAUCGUUCUCACACAUCUGGGACACGAUACAGCGAAGAAGAUUGUUAUAUUCAAGAUACAGACGUACUAGAGCAUUUGCAAGCAAUUGAUUCAUGUCAUUCAGUCCAUCGAGCACGUUCGAAUGACACUUUGAUGAAUUGUCUAUAUCAUGCAGAGCGUUCUGGUAUGUGGCAGAUGGGCUUUUGCCACGCCGUUUCUAAUGAAAAUAGUGACGAAUCUGGCGAUGCCACAGAGUGUGUGAUGGCGGAUGAUAGAUCAUUGGAAGAUGCGUGGGAGGCGGAAUACAAUAACCGUCGAGAUGCAUGGAAAAACAAGAUAUCUGUCAGUAAUGAUCAGACUAGUCCUGUAAAUGAUUUGAACAACCAGGUGCGAACUGAUACAAAUGUUAUGCACAGUGCCAUUCGAGAUGGAAAUGCAUUCAGGAAUGCUGAAGAGCAGCAAGAUCUCAAUGGUGAUUGCAGCAACGGCGUUCGAAAUCGUCGGAGUGAAACAGAUAUAGAGGAUGACAGCUCGAGUAUUGAUGGCAUGAUCCAUGAAUUUUCUCUCAAUCUCGAGCAGGCGCGUGCGUUUCGUAUUGUCGCUGAACAUAGCAUAAAUCGUUCACCUGAACAGUUGCGCAUGUACAUUGGUGGUUGUGGAGGGACGGGAAAGUCGCAAGUUAUCAACGUUCUCAAAGAGUUCUUUCGUCGUCGCAAUGAAGAGCGGAGAUUUCGGCUGACUUCAUACACAGGAGUAGCCGCUGAGAAAUAUGAUGCAAAACAAAUAGAGAUCUAGUCGCUAUGUGGGAAGGAGUAGAUUAUUUAUUUGUAGACGAAGUAUCUAUGAUCGGCUUUCGGAGGGCUAAAUAUCAUAUUUGCUGGAGAUUUCAACCAAUUACCUCCUGUUGGACAACCUCGGUUGUAUGGGCAUAUAAACAUACAUCGAG